GAGCAGAGGGGGUGGGGGGGGGAGAGGGAAUGUAUGCAGAUUUAUGCAGGCGGCGCAACGACCAGGUGGGCGAAUGAGGCGCUGACGUCAUGCAGGCGAGGCCGGAUAGGCUGCGCCUGGAGGGGGAGGCUCCAUCGCGGCUCAUCUCCUCGUGCGGGGGAAGAGCAGGUGUCGCAGGCCGAGGCCCGGGGGCCGGAGAUCCCGCGUCGCUCGCCUCUCGGGCCCUUGGAAGAGCCGCUGCCGGGCAGCGAGGACGCAGGCGGAAUAGAGCCGCAGAGUUGCCCCCCCCAGGGGUCAUCCAGCAGAACCGCCGACGAGGCAGGAAUCGCAGCAGCAGAAGAAACCCUGAGAGGCGCCCAGAUCCAGACUCUCCUUGAGAACCUCCCAGGAAGCCCUGCCGAAGCCUCUGGAGCAGCAGCAAACCGGCCUUUCCCAUGUGGCCAGUGGCUCCCCAGCCUGAACACCCUGGACCCCUCCUGUGUUCAGAGCAGCUGGGCAAAGCCGGCAGGGUUGUUUUCCCAAGGCAGGCAGGAUGAGGUGGCCCAGUGCAGGAAGGCUUUUGGCCCUGGCACAAUGUGGCAAGGAGGACGGGGAGGAAAUCAGAAAGUGUUGGCUUUGGCUCUGGCCCACUCACUGGCCGCUUCCUCUGUCCCAGCUAGCUCAGUACUGUCGACUGGCAGCUGCCCUCCAGCAUUUUAAGCAGGGAGCAUUCCCAGCCCGACCCAGCGAUGCCAUGGGGAGGGGGUUAAACCUGAGCCCUCAGUGGGCUAAAAUGAUGACUGUUUGAGUCCCCCAAUUUACUUUAAAACAAGCUGGAAACUGAGUUCACCUGAGCCCCCAUUUCUCCCACCUUG